AAGAAAAGAAGUGAUACUGUAUCGGUCUUAUGCCUUAUGUUUAAUAUUGCUUCUGGCUAAAUCAUGGAAGCUUUAUACUUAAAUGCUGUUCCCUCUUAUUCAGAGAAGGUGGUUGCCCAUUUGCUGCUGUUCCUGUUGAUGACUUAUUCAACAGCAGGUAUCAGGAGCCCAUUGAUUAUGCUUCAGCAAUAUGAGGGCAGUGGGAUCAGACUCAUCUGCAAAUCUAAAGUAGAAGAGUCACCUGAGAUUUUGCUGCUUUCAUGGAUGGACAGCAAAGGCCAGGAACUUGCUUCUGUUCCAAUCAUUCUUGGCAAUGCCAGUCUGGAUUUUCUUCUAGAGCCAGGUUAUGACAAUGCUAUCUCCUGCAGGAUCAUCGGAAAAUCUUCAGGUCACGUAUUGGAAUCAACAUCCCUUGUCAUUGAAGAUACCUUUUUCCCUGCCAUAUCCGGAUACAUGGUUGCCUUUUUUCUGAUUGCAGUGCUUGGCAUUCUUCUCAUAAUCGGCACUGUUUUUAAACUAAAAAGAGACAAACUGAAGAUUGCUCAGGCAGUAAAUGAAAAGAAUGCUCUACAGGAUGAAAUAUUAAGCCUUCAAAAUUCUCGAGAAAGUGAAAAAAAACUCUUUGAAAAAGAUCUGAAAGAAGCACAAGAUAAAUUUGCAAAAGAUACAGCAGAAUUAGAUUUCAGGAGGGCAUCAUCCAAUGCAGUCAAUCUCACUUUGGAUCCUAAAUGCACACAUGCCAAGCUCAACAUUAAAGACAAAAAUAAAGUCAGGUUGAAUCCGUCUGACUCAGGAUUAAAGGAUCUUAAAGGAACUCCAAUUGCAGUGGCAAAUGAAGGAUUUGAUGAAGAUAAAAAGUACUGGGAGGUGGAGGUUGGACAAAAACCGGACUGGGAGCUGGGAGUACUUUCUGAGAAGGCAAGAAAGAAACUAGAACAAGAAAAGCUAGAAAAACAACUGGAAGAUGAUUAUGUGUCUAUGAGAUGGUUCCAAGGUCAAUAUCAUUGCUCUGGAGGAAACAGUUUAAUCAGCAGUGAAAAUAAAGAAUGUAAAGUUGUAGGUGUUUAUCUAAUAAUGGAUGGAGAAGAGCAAAUGCUCUCAUUUUUUGACGUUGAGCAGAUGAAUCUUAUUCGGUCCAUCCCUGCCAAAUUUUCUGAGAAAAUGUUUCCAUUUUUCAAUCCUGGGAAGGAUGAGGGGUAUUUGGGAGUGCGCCCAGUGAAUAUUCCUCCAUGUUUAGAAUCCCUUUGAUAUUAUGCUUCAGACCCCUUCGACACUUUGUUUGCUUUUUAUCAGUUUUGUGUAUGGACUGAUUUAAACUUGCCAUUGCCUUCCUUGAUUUCUUUCUCCUACCCUUGAUGACUCAUAGUUGAAAAGUGUUGUUUUUGAAGUAAGGUGAGAUGUUUGAUGUUUGGGUCCUGAUGGGCCUGAAGAUGAUGUGAUGUUCCAGCCAUCCAGUGAGGAUUGUACAUUAGGAGCUAUCCCUUAGUGACCAAUGAGGAAGCUUGUUAAUGGAAGAAAAAGAUCUUGACAUAGUUUUAAUUUUACAUGUUAAUUUUGAAACAUAAUAUAAGGAUUUAAAAAAC